GGCGCAGCCACACCUGAGACUGAGUCAGAGAAGCGAAGGACGGCAAACAGAGCUGCAGUCCUGCACAGAACAGAACCGACCAGGAAGACUUCACCCAGCACCGAGUGUCGACAUGUCGGCUGCUGGCUGUCUGCUGACUGAGGAUCAGCUUCUAUGUGGCAUCUGCCUGGACGUGUUCACCGUUCCGGUCACGUUACCGUGUGGACACAACUUCUGCAAACACUGCAUCACGCAGCACUGGGGCACCAAGGUCCAGUGUCAGUGCCCCUCGUGCAAAGAGGAGUUCAAUAAAAAACCUGAUCUGCGGGUCAACACCGUCAUAUCUGAGAUGGCUGCGCAGUUCAAACAGUCGGCCGGACGAAGCGGCUCACAAGAUGCUAAACCGGGACAAGUUCCCUGCGACUUCUGCACCGAGACCAAAAUGAAAGCCGUCAGGUCCUGCCUGGUGUGUUUGGCGUCGUACUGCGAGACUCACCUGGAGCCACAUCUGACGGCGUCGCGCCUGAAAAGACAUCAGCUGACUGAUCCCGUGGAGAACCUGGAGGGCAGGAUGUGCCCGAUACACGACAAACCGAUGGAGCUCUUCUGUAAGACGGAUCAGACCUGUGUGUGCAUGCUAUGCCCCGUUCUAGACCACAAGUCGCAUCAAAUCAUCCCGCUGAAAGAACAGUUUGAGAGAAAGAAGACCGAGCUGGGCAAGAAGGAGAUUCAAAUCCACCAGAUGAUCCAUGAGAGGCGAAUGAAGAUCCGGGAUAUCAAACACACUGUGAAACUCAGCAAGGACGCUGCAGACCAAGAGAGGGAGGUCGGUGUUCUGGUCUUCAACACUCUGAUAAAGUACCUGGAAACAGUCCAAGCCGAGCUCGUUGAGGUGAUUGAAAAGAAGCAUAAAACGACAGAAAAACAGGCCGAAGGGAUCAUCCACGACCUGGAGCAGGAGAUCUCUGAGCUGAUGAAGAGGCGCGGUGAGGUGGAACAGCUCUCAGUAUCCAAUGACCACCUUUAUUUCCUCCAAAGCUUUGGGUCCUUGGAUUCUUCUGCACUCAAAGAUUGGAGGGAGGCAAACGUGACUCUUCAGUCGUUUGAGGGAAUUGUGAAGGAAGCUCUGGACCAGCUGGAGGAGAUGCUCGGCUUAGAGAUGAAGAAGCUGCUCCACGAGGCUGAGCUAAACAGGUUCAAGCAGUUCGCGGUGGACGUGACUCUGGAUCCGGACACGGCACACGCUGCUCUCAUCGUGUCCGACGAUGGCAAACAAGUCCAUCACGGCAUCGUGAAGAAGAGGAAUCCCCCAGACGAUCCUAAGAGAUUCAAUCCUAGCUGUUACGUUUUAGGAAAACAAGGUUUCUCUUCUGGAAGGUUUUACUUCGAGGCUCAAGUUAAAGAGAAGACUAGAUGGAUUUUAGGAGUCACCCAAGAGUCGAUCAAGAGGAAGGGAAUCAUCCCAGUGUGCCCAGAAAACGGACACUGGACUGUGUGGUCAAAGAACAGAGGUGAAUACGCAGCUCUCGUUGGCUUUCCUCUGCCUCUGUCUCUGAAUUCAAAGCCAGAAAAGGUGGGAGUGUUUGUGGAUUAUGACAAGGGACUCGUCUCCUUUUUCGACGUGGAUGCUGCCGCUCUGAUCUACUCCUUCACCGGCUGCUCGUUCACUGGGAAACUCUACCCGUUCGUCAGUCCUGGGCUUAGUGACGACGGCAUAAAUUCUGCCCCUGUGAUCAUUUCUACCACCAAGUGACUAAAAAGAAGAAGCUGAAUGCUCUUUGUAAAUACAUUGCUUUAUUUAGUCUGGUUAAAUUUGACUUCAUUUGUUUGAAGAUCACAGUUUGUAGAAGUAACCGUGACUCUUUGACCCAAUGCAUUCUGGAGCAGUUCAUUUGUGUUGUGAUCCAACCUCGACCUGACGCAAACCACAAAGCCUGCUCGGACUGACCUCGAUGCAGAAAAAGGAAACGUUCCACCAAACCAAUGAGAAGAAAUCUGGUUGCAAGUUUCUGAACUCAUCCACUGAUUCGAACGAACUACAGGUUUGACAUUUGGACUUGUCAUAGAAGGAAAAAGCACAUGUGGAACGAACUAUAUUAAUGAUGCAUUGGGCAGGAACACGGUCCUCGUUAAUUACACCUGUGGUUUUCCUGGUAUUUGUUAAAUGUAACGUGACAAAGGUUUAAAGUCUAAUUAGGCCUCUUUGUUCCCACAAAGCCAUGAAGCUAAAAGCGAUUCAGCCAGAGUUCAUUUCAUUAUUUACACAUUUGCUUUUCCUGCUGUGACAUUUUAAAAACGUGCUGCCAGUCUUAAAAGUUUUGCUGCUGCUGCUGCCAGCGUUCCUUAAGUCCAUUGUUCUGCUGUCACAUUGUUACACUGUAACGUCCUCGCUGCUGCGGUUUGAACCAGUUUCAGCCGUGAUCGGUUUUAUUCAAGAAUAAAGUUAAUUGCAGUUCUCCAAGCAGGGUGAAAUAUAAGCAUGGGUAGGUCUGUACAGGUUAACAGAGGAUAAAAAAAAAGACGGAUAUCUGUACAAGUUUUAAUUUGAGCAUUUAGUUCAGUUGAGUAAUGAGACAGACUGGUUUUCUCUUCAGUGUUGCAGAUCAGAUUCACCAAACCCUCUUGAAGUAGAAGUCAACUCGACCAUUUAAAACCAUAAAUGUUUGUUUCUGGCUUCCAGGCCGCCUGAGAAAACGAGUUGGCUCACAAUGAAGUACUAGAAGUAGAUGAGGUAGAACUUUUUAUCUGGCUGGUUCUUGAUCAUAAAGGAGAUCUCGUAGCUUUCAUCCCUCGUUUUAGAAAAGGCCGCUGAUGAGAUCUGUCAAACGGACGAUCAGUGGAUUGAAAAUGUUUCUGGCUGGCAGCAUUAGCUAGCGAGAGGAUUGAACCCAGGAGGACAAUCAGUGAAAUUCAAGUCAAUGGGAAAACCAAUCUAAACUCUCUUUAUAGAACAUGGAGAAAGGUAAAGUGAGCAGUUAUAAAGGUAUUCUACUUACACUGAACGUCACUAACUUGUUGAAACUCCUCUCACCUUGAUGAACGCUUCAUGAUAAUGAAGAGAAAAGCCAGUGAUGUUUCACAUCAUUGAAGUACUUACUGAAAUAAAGAGGUAAAACUAUCUGUGACAAAGGGUCAAAGGGCAUGAUAAUAUUAUACUGUGAUGUUAAACUGCAUGAAAAGCCUGAGGCUGAUGUUGGAGUGUGCUUUCUAUCAACUAAUGAACUUGUGGCCUGUAAUCUGUGUUGGCUCUACAUAGAACCUAAACUAUGUUGUUUAAACUCCACGUUAAGUCAGAUGAAGGCGUGUAAAAUUCGUCAGCAGUGUGUCAUCUUUUUGCAUGUAAUUUGAGUUUUUCCACCAAUGAAUUAAAGGCGAUAAACCGA